AUGAGGAGCCGAUGUUUGUUUGUAAUAAACUUGGUGUUCCUACUGCCAGUGGCAAUUGCUAGCAAAAUCAAUACAACAUUUAGACCAAUCAGUAGACACGCAAGUCUUAACGAAAUAUCCCUGCUGGAAGAAGAUAUCAAGCAAGGCAACAAUGUAGAAGAUCAAAAAAAGAAAACAGAUUCUGAAGUCAAGCCUGCAGAACCUUUGAACCUUAUAUUCAGUCCAACUGCCCAGCAGGUGUCGGACGAAAACAAUCAACUACUCGAAUCGAUGGAAUCCGGGUUACACAGUUUAAGGACUGUUGUCAACAAGUUGACCCGACUCGUUCACCUAUUACCGGAAAAUGAAAAACAAUCUACAUUCACAGUGGGCAAUCAAAACUACACUGUUGCGGAAAUGCUUGACGGUAUCAACAGCUUAAUUGUGGAUGGAGAGAAACAGCAAAGAGUUCUCGUAGAGGGAACAGCAGAAAUAUUACACAAAUUAGCAGCACCAAUUGCAGCAUCGCAAACUACCCAGGCAUCAUAA